AUGCAAUUAACGGUUUCGAACGAGUCAACGGAACAGGUGUACGGGCCUAUCGACGUCAGUGAUGAUAUGGUGUUGGACGACCUUCUGGCGCUGCUGGAGUUGGACUGUUCCUUUGAUGGUGAAAAGCAGGACUUGUACAACAACAUGGCUGCUAUCGACGUGGAUGGAAGCCGGGCGAAAACUUUGAAAGAGCUGGGGAUUCAGAAUAGUCAGCUUUUGCUCAUUAAGAAUAAGUCUGAAUCGAAUAUCGAGAAUUUGAACGACAGGGAUUACGUCGAGGCAUUUAGAAGACAGCUAUUGGCUAAUCAGUUAAUGAGACAGCAAUUAUCCUUCCAGAUCCCGGGUCUCGACAAUAUAAUCAACGACCCUCGGUUAUUCUUUGAGAGGUUAAGUCCGAUUAUUUUGCAAAGAAGAGGAGGUUCACCCUUUUCAGCUGUACAAAACCAGAACGAUUUUGGGAUUCCACAGGGCGAAUACGAAAAAUUAAUGAAGGACCCGGAGAAUCCAGAGAAUAAGAAGAGGCUGGCGGAACUGACUGACCAGAAAGCUAUUGAUGAACAGCUAAGAUACGCCUACGAGUUUACACCAGAAGUGUUUACCACGGUCAGCAUGUUAUUUAUUAAUUUGGAGAUCAACGGUCAUCCCGUAAAAGCUUUUGUCGAUACAGGUGCACAGAUGACGAUGAUGUCGACGAAGUUGGCAGAGCUUACUGGGUUGACAAGGCUUAUUGAUCGGAGAUUUAUUGGUGAGGCCCGUGGUGUUGGCACGGGGAAGAUUUUAGGGAGAAUCCAUCAGGCACAAUUGAAGAUCGAGACUCAAUAUAUUCCAGGAAGUUUUGCCGUGCUGGAUACGGGCAUCGAUCUUUUGUUUGGAUUAGAUAUGUUGAGAAGGCAUCAGGCAAUCAUUGACCUCAAGGAUAACGUCAUGAAAAUUGCAGGAGUAGAAACAAAGUUUUUGACCGAGGCUGAUAUUCCGAAAAGUUCUCAGGAGGAAAUCAUCAAAAAGGCAGGUGGUCCAUCUGGUGUCAUCCAAGGGACAGGUUCCACGGUUCCCAGCAAUGCUCCUACGACAAUUAAUUCACAGCAGCAGGGGGGCAUCUCCCACUCUGAAGCAGCGAUAAAUCAGUUGAUGGAUUUGGGGUUUACGAGGACAGAGGUCAUAAAAGCCUUGGAUAUGACCGGCGGUAAUGCUGAAUUGGCAGCUUCGUAUCUUUUUCAAUAA